GUCAAAACGGCUUGCCACAUACAGUGUGGCGAUCACAGCAGAUGUAAAGCCGACUUCACAUUUCUACAAACAAAACCUCGACGACGAAUCUAAGGUCUACUAGAUGUCAUCUCCUAGACAGAUAUAUCAGAGAACUAGCUGAGCCAGGCAUCGCUCGUUUUCGCAAGACGUUUCAAACGGCGUCGGAACGCGAAGGAGGAGAGAGGCAGCAGCAUCAGUUAUCAGACGAGGACGCGUUCCUCAGCUCCCUCCCAACCGCACAGCUGAGGCGGAUUCAACUGCAGCACUGGGUGAACGUUCCGCUGGAUGUGGGUGAAGACCGUGUGAAUGCGCGUGUAUGCUCAUAGAUUGGGAUAGAGAGAUCUGCUCAUCCUAACCCUAUGCGCCUUCAGAACGCUUCCCAAUCUGGCGGGUUCAGGACUGAGGCAGGUGUAGCGGUGAGGGCGCAUCCAUGAGCGUCUUCUCCCGGGACGGCAUGUUUUUAGUUUAACCGGAUUUGUUGAACAGACUGGGGAAGAGGAAAGGCGAGUUCGGAAGUUUUGAUGCAUAUGAUCACAACCACCAUGAUUUUUAUGAUCCUCGGUGCUUCAGUUGUCAUGUGGUCACAGUACCAGGUCAUGUAGCGGUUGCUGUGUUCCAAUACUGCUUGUCAUGUCCCGGCUGACUCGAAUGGUUCUUUGCAGGCGAUAGCGUGUUUAAUGGACAUGAACGCACUCCUGGACCGCUUUCACAACUACAUCUUACCGCAUUUACGAGGAGAAGACCGCGUCUGUCAUUGCAACUGUGGAAGGCAUCAUGUUCACUAUGUAAUUCCAUAUGACGGAGACCAUUCGCUCGUGGACUCAUCUGAGAAUUACUUUGUGAGUGACAGUGUGACCAAACAGGAGAUGGACCUCAUGCUGGGGCUGUUGCUGGGCUUCUGCAUCAGCUGGUUGCUGUUGUGGCUGGAUGGAGCUUUGCACUGUGCUGUGAGGGCCUGGAGAGCCAGUCGCUAUUAUGAUACCCCUUCUUGGUCGUGGUUGCCACAGUUCUGCAACCUCCGGGACCUCCGUAGACGGGCACAGCUUCGGCAGCUGGAGGAUUCCAGCGGAAACAUGGUGCACAUCAAGCAGAAGCUCUAUCACAAUGGUCAUCCCAGCCCCCGCCACCUCUGACUUUAAUGGCAGUUUCCCCAAAACUGCUCCAUUACCAGCUGCUGCCUCAGAGACCCACUUUAAUUGUUCCACUACAUUUUUUAGACCUUCAAAAAUCACUCGAGUAUUUGCCAAAAGAAGAGAGAAGAUUAUCGUUGCCAAUAUGCUGAUCUGUGUCCACAUGGCGAAUGGUUUAGAAAGGUUUUUUUCUGUAUAGGCAUUUUAUUUUCAAUUGCUGAAUCUAGGCAUGCACUUUUAGAAUGAGGGAGGAUGCAAGAAAUGGUUUUGUGAGACAUUGAGAGUCAAUUCAUGUCCCCCCCCCCCAACCUUUUUUAGCUUUUUCAUCAAAAAACAACUUUUUGGGAGCGGGUGGGGUGGGAGGUUAUGGUUUUGUGAUGGUAUAGUUAGAGAUUAAUGCUCUUGUAAAUAGUUAUACAUAUUGUUUUAUGGGAUUUAAGCAAACACAGGUGUUGGAGGUUCUUAGAUAAGAGUCAUGAACUGAAUAAAAAGACAGAGAAACAUAAAGAGGAAAGAAUUUUGAAUGCUGAUAUGUGAUACGUGAAAUUUUUGGAUGGAUGAAAAAGAGAUCACUCUAAAAAAUGAUUGAUUAGCUUUGUUACCAUGUGAAAUAAAUGAAUGUAUUCGUUUUAUCUGUAAAUAAAGGAGCGUGCAGGAAUGUUGAAAUGAGUGGUCAGGGCUCUUUUUGCUGUUUUGAAAGUCAUCCGUCAUAUGCGAGAGAACUGCUAGCAUUUGCCUUGUCUUCACUGUGUCCAAUAGCCCUCCCUGGUCUGCUUUUAAACUACUCCAGACUCAAACAAGAACAACCAGCCUGCCAGCACACAGAGCCCUGACCCAAUUUUCUCUUCCUCUUUAUGUCCAGACAUUGCUGUUGUGAAGAUAAAAUGUCUGUUUUAUUAAAAGUGCCAUUGAAGCACAACAGUGACCCCUA